CAAGAGUGUCCUGUCUAGCAAGAGAAAAACGGAUUCUGGCAGUCGUUCCUUUUUGCGGGAAGCUGCCCUGCUGUGGAUUUGCACUGCGAACGAGGCUCAGCUGAGUUGCGCCGUCCACGAAAAAGCGUGUGUCUCCCUUUUCCGUCUCCCGUUGCCGUUAUUUCACCUUUGUCGUGCCAAAACGGAUUUCCGGAUUGCUCUUUUCUGCACGGCAGCUCUUCUGAGUGUCAACUGCCUCCUUUGUUCCAGCGUUUCUUCGCCUUUGUCCCGGUGCACCCCCUCGAUUGCGACAAGACCUCACGCAGUGUCUUUCCCCGACCGCAGAAUCUUCCCGCCACACAGUACGCCGUGGCAUGUCCAGGAAAUUCCCGCGGCGUCUGGUCCUCCCGACGACGAAACUCACCCCGUAAAGCGAAUCGAGCGAAUCCGAGGGCACCAGGAAUUCUUGAGGCGAGUCUCGGGGCCUGCGCGCCGCUGGCAGGCACCUGUUGCUGUCUUUUCCUUGUCUUGCUGGACUCUUCUCCCUUCCCGUCCACGCGACAUGUAGCAAAAGCCGCCCGCUCCAGCGGCGUCCCAGCAGGCACCUUCCAGCGGCACGACUUUCGCUUUCGCUCUGGUGUACAUACACCACACAGCCUCGCCCCGGCUUCGCGCUCGGCGCUCGCAGGUGCGCUCGGAUUCCGGCUUUCUCCACCCAGGUCUUUCCAAACGAAAAUGGCGACCAGUUUGCACAGCCGCCUCGUGGCGGCGAUGCCAAGAAACCCCGCAGAGUUGAGCAGAGCGUUCGACCUUGACGAUAUGGUCCAGAAGAAACCUCGCCGCCAGUCCUCCGGCGUCGUUGUUCCUGGCGGAGCGCGGGGCCUCGUCGUCCGGACGUACCGCGGCAUUCUGGAUGGAUCUGAAGACGAAGAUCCAGACUCUGUGAACCCCGAGGCUCAUGAAGUGCAAGUUGCUUGGGCAGACGGCAGCGUGGAAAACAUCGCGAGAGAGCAAAUUGAGUUGCUGGAUCGACCGUUCUACGCGGGAGACUUGGUGGUGGGGCAAGACGGCAAGAGUCUGGGCCUCGUGGUAGAGGUGAAGCAGAUUGCGGACGUACGUCUGGUCUCCUCGCGAGCGACCCGGCGACCGAGUGCGCUUGCGGGUCGAGCCUCUCGGUCGAGUGUUUUGAGCGUCGACAGCGUCUCCUCCUUUUCUUCUCGUCUGGCGACCAGAGGCCCGCGGGGGGUCUCUGCAGCUGCGCUGCCCCUCGCAGAUCCCUUGGAGCCUGUGAGGCUGGAAGGUCUGCAAAUCAAUGCCCUGGGGUCUCUCCCGCUUCCCCACGAGCCGCCGCUGCUCCGGCCGCUUCAGGCCUUUGAAGUCGGCACACCCGUUAUCAAAGGUGGACAUCUUGGCGCGGUCAUCAACUGCAAGGUCGACUACCUCGUCAAACUCGACUCUGGACAUGAAUUCACUCUCGAACACGGGAUGGAAGGGGUGCGGCCAGACCCGCGGCAGGGAUAUCCGACGGAGGCGUACGGGCUGUUCCCGUCGCAGCGAAUUUACGUGACAGGCGAGUGGCUUCGCGACUUCCAGGAGCAGCUGCAGACGCGCCAGGAGCGACGCGAGCGCGCGGGAGAGGCCGAAGAAGACACGGUGGAGGCCCACCGUCUCUGUCGCGGUGUAGUGAAGAGCUUCGCCGUCCGCAGAGUCAAGGUGAACUGGCUUCUGGAGGACAGCGAAACCUGGUCCUCUGCACCGCCUUCUCAACCCCUCGCUUCGCAAGCGACUGAACAUGACUGCUCUGAACUUCUUCCCCUUCAGCAAUUCGUCCUCCGUCUCGGGCAACCUGUCUACGUCAACAUUCGCCACAAUCCGACUGCCUCCCUUCUUGCUGCUGUGAAUCCACCUCUAAACGGUUCGUCUCUAAACGCUUCUGCUGUACACUCCUCUCCUCCAAACGCGUCUUCUCUGAACGCUUCUUCGUCAAAUGGAUCUUCGGUCAACAUAUCUGCUGUAAAUGCAUCUUUAGCCCCAUGCGUUUUUCAAUCUGUUUUACCUUCCUCCGAGGCCGGUGUUUCUCCGGAACUCAAACGCUCCGCUCUCGACGCAGCAGAAACCGUUUCUGAAGAUCCACACUCGGUAUCGAAUCCGACUCUUAUUACAAACAGCUCCUCUUCGUCCUCUUCUUCUCCCGCUUCUUCUUCCUCCUCUUCUCUCUCCUGUUCUUCCUCGGCUUCUCCUGAGGAUCCUCUGUAUCGUUUGGGCGUCGUCGAGAGCGUCUCGACUCGCUGCUGCGUUCUGUGGGAAGAUGGGAGGGUGAGUCAGGAAGCAGGUCGCGCGCUGACGCCGGUGAACGUGGACCGAGUCCCGCUCGCUCACUCGGAGUUUGUGGUGGGUCUGGCGAUUCUCCCGCACAUGUUUGUGACGAAGAAAUUUACGCAGGACGAUCUCGAGAGUGCCGCGCGCGAGGAGGAGGCUGCGGAGACUCGCGCCCGCGCCGCAGGCCCCGCCUGGUGGAACGCGCCGUACUUCGGAGACACCGAACUGGGUCCCCACACUUCGGUCCCCGACGAACUGAAGGCGGUGGAAGUCGUUCGCGCGCUCUCGAAAGUUUCUCGGGAAAUAGGAAUCGCCGAGUAUUUGGGCCGCACCCCUCUCGAGGUGUCUCCGUUCGACUCGCACAGCCGCGACAGAGCGCACCGAAGUGACAGAGGCGCAGAGCGAGCUGGAGACCGAGCAACGGACAGAGGGUCGGAAAGAGCAGGCGAGAGAGGAGAACGCGAACAGAGAGAACGGGGGCAGGAGAGAAGAGGGGGAUUUCCAGCUGGAAGGCGACGCGAGAGGAGAGGACGCGACGGCGAGCUGAGACAGGGCGACCGGGAGACAGGUCAGCCUCCUCGCGAGACAGACGUCGCGGAGACUCGACCGGCUGCCGAGGAACACAACCCAGAGCAGCCAGGCCAGGAAAGGGGAGAGAACGGAGACAGAGCGAAUGAGAGAGGAGACGCGAGUGUAGAGCAGGGAGGCGGCGUCAGCAGCGACGAAGACGCUUGGGAAGACUGCGGAAGCGAGGAAGGCAGCGCAGAGUCGGAGGCGAAUGGCUCUGCGAGGCAAGAGCCUCUCGGAAUUCGAGAGGCGCGGCUGCCGUGUGGACUCGGGCCUGGCCUCGUCACUGGCGCGAGUGUCAGGGACGCGGUCGGUCACUUGCAGGAGCUUUUCCAGUGUCUCCAAGACGCCGUCGGCCCCGCGAACUUGGGCUUGCCGAUCUACAAGAGAGUGCCUGUUCUCCGCAGUGUUCCCGUCAGCGACGAAGGCGAGGAACGUCGAGAUCCCCGCGCUGAGGGCAGCGGCGACGCAGGCGCCGAGCCGCGUGGAACGCCAGAGCCUUCUGCGCGUUCGGAAGCGAACGCCGAGUCGGCACAGAAGGCGAACCCCACCUGGAGUCGACACAGCUCUGACGGAAGCUCGGAUGCUUCUUCGAGCUGUCCACGCGCAGUUGUUCGGCGUUCGCGUUCUCCCGAGGCAGAGGCGCCGGCGCGGCUUCAUGCGCUGGUGGGUCGGAUGGAGAGCGGCGAGUGGCGAAGAGAACUUUUUCAGUUGGUCGAGUUUGUGCGCAUGGCGAGCCCAAGCGCAGCGGGAGACGGAUCCUGGGCUCUGGACACUGCGCAGAUGCAGGGCGUUCUUAACUGCGUGAUGGCGCUCAGAGGCGAGGCCGCGCUGGCCGCGUUGAACCGCGCGCGGGGCCGAGAGGCGCGGGAGGUUGGUGUAGUCGUCCGCGUCGAUUCAAAAGAGAAACAAGCGACGGUCGCCUGGCUCGCAGAUCCGCAAGCCUUCUUUGACCGCGCGCGGCGUUUGCGGGAGAAAAUGGCCGAGACCGACGAGGAGAGGAGUGGAAAGGAUCUGGCGAGGGUCACCGAGCGUCAGCUGGCGCGCUUCGGCAUUGCCAUGUGGUGUGGAGGCCGACAGGAGCCUCCGCGAGACGACGCAGCGGGAGCGCUGUACACAACCACUGCAGAAGACUACACGGCCGACGAGGUCGCGGAGCUCGUGCGAAUGGAGACUGUGCCUCUCGCAGAGUUGUCGCCUCUCAGUCGCUUCCUCUUUUUCCCUGGAGACUGUGCACUUCUUGUAGACGACGCGGCGCGUCUGGCAGGCGAGAGCAAAUCGGGAAGAGACGACGAAAGCUCCAGUUUGGAGCAACGAGAAAACGCAAAAAAAGACAAAGUUUACCUCCAAGUCCUUGCAGCUUGCGGAGGCCUCGUCUGGUGCCGCACAUUUGACGGCCGCGUGGCGCCGUUCGCGCCCACCGAACUCGUCCCCCUCAACACUCGGUGGUGUGACAUGGAACUGUCCUACGAAGAAUCUUCGGAUGAGGAGUCCGAGUACUCCGAGGCAGACUCUGACGGCAGUAGCGAAGACGACUCCGAGGACCGAGAGACGCAGUCCUACGAAAGCUCCGAUCUGGACGAAUGGGGAAGCGACUCUGGAAGUACCAACGUGACAGAUCUCUCAGACCCCGUCGGCAACGGCCCGAGUCGGUGCAGCAGUGUAGAGAGAAUGAGUGAUCGAUCUCAAGACGUCGCUGGCGGCUGAUGCUUCCCUUACUCUCCUCUUCUCUUUUUCUCCUUCUCUUCUUUCUCCUCGUCUCCUCACUCGUUUUCUUCGUCUUUCUGUCCUUCAGCGCAGUCUUCUUGUCUCCCUUCUUCUCUGCCUCUGUCUCCACGCUUUCUCCUUCUCCCGCUGUGCCGUCAUUUCUUCUUCCUCCCCUCUGCCUCUUUUUCUUUCUGCUCCGGGGGACUUCCUCUCCCCGUCUUGGAGAGUCCGUCUUUCUCUUUGCAUGCGAGAGCUGUUUGGUUUAUUUCAUUCUGAACGUCGGAGAGUGGAUGCGCAGAAGCGCUGGAGAGGAGAGGAAAACCGCGGCGUUAUUUUGGAUUUCUGGAGGCGCCGUGUGGAGGUCGGGGUGACGCGGAGAUUGUAACUCUAGAAAACGGCCGAAUAAGAGAGCCCGAGGGAGACAUUCAGAGACGAUGCACGCUCGUCAAUGUUUUUUGCGGGAGACUCAAAAAGGCGGCGAAAACGAGAAAAGACCCGACGAAUCAAAGAACAAGAAAAACUGCAAGAUUGCAUGCACUUGCAUGCCUGCUGUUGGCCCGGGCGUCUCCUAGAAAAUGGGUCAACUCUUGAAAUUUAUCAAAAGCAUCCACGUGUGUCUGUUCAUUCACAUAAAAUACAUCUACAUGGAUCUAUGUAGGCCUCUUUACUUCGUCUGUUUCUGCCUUUUAGUCGAAUAUUUAAACGCUUCUGUCUCUGCAUUUGUGCAUGUGUGUACAGCUAUACAUAUGCAGGUAUAUACAUGUAUGUGCGUAUAUUUGUACAUCCUUUCAGGAUACACGCACUUGCCCCAGUCUAGCGUCUUCACCUCUGGUCUAACUUGCCCUUUCUUUCGAAUGACUAGGCCUUUCUCUCUCUACUUCAUCUACGCUACACACAUGCACACGCAGACAUUUUUUUAUUUACGCGUAUUUGUAUUUCUUUUGUUUUUCUGGUGCAAAUAUUUUUUGUGCGAACGAAGCGAGCGGUAAACAACGGUGUGAGUGUCCGACCUUCGUGCGUAAUUCUGAAAACUGAAUUUUUUUAUUGCUGGAAAGCGC